AUGGCGCUGAGCCAGGCGACGGCGAGCAGCGUCCCCGUGCCCGAGCUGCCCCCAGGCCCCAACGCGACCCUCAACGGCUCGGGGGCCGGCCUGGUGGGGCCCGGCUCCCGGGAGCACCUGGCGGCCGCGGGCACCAUUGGGGCGGUGCUGGCGGCCAUGGGCGUGGUGGGCGUGGCCGGCAACGCGUACACACUGGUGGUCACACACCGCCGCCUGCGCGCCUCGGCCCCCUUGGGCGUCUACGUCGUCAGCCUGGCGCUGGCCGACCUGCUCUACCUGCUCGGCAUCCCCUUCAUCGUGGGCACCUACGUCUCCAGGGACUGGCACUUUGGCGACGUGGGCUGCCGCGUGCUCUUCGGCCUGGACUUCCUGACCAUGCACGCCAGUGCCUUCACGCUGACCCUCAUGAGUGGCGAGCGCUGCCUGGAGGUGCUCAGGCCGCUGGACGCCCUGCAGCGCUCCAGGGGCUACCGCAAGGCCCUGGCGCUGGGCACUUGGCUGCUGGCGCUGCUGCUGGCGCUGCCCGUGAUGCUCGCCGUCCGGCUGGAGCGCAGGGGCCGCAAGCACCUGUGCCUGCCCGCCUGGGGCGCCCGCACCCACCGCGCCUACCUGACCCUGCUCUUCGGCACCAGCAUCGUGGGCCCGGGCGUGGCCAUCGGGCUACUCUAUGCCCGCCUGGCCUGCGCCUACUGGCGGACCCAGCGGGCCCCCUUCACGCCGGCGCAGCGGCUGCCCAGCCCCUGGGUGCUGGGGCUCAUCCUGGCCAUCGUGCUCUUCUUCUGGGCCUGCUUCCUGCCCUUCUAGCUCUGGUAGCUGCUCACCCAGUACCACGAGGGGCUGCCGCUGGCCCCAGGCACCGCGCGCCUCGUCAACUACCUGACCACCUGCCUCACUUACGGCAACAGCUGCCUCAACCCCUUCCUCUACACGCUGCUCACCAACAGCUACCGCGACUACCUGCGCAGCCGCCGGGCCAGGCCGCUGGGUGCUGGGCCCUUCCCACAGCACCGCAGCUGCUUCUGGGGCGGCCUGGACACCUCGCUGUCCACCAGCAGCCGGCAGGCCGCCAAGGCCACCCCCAUGGGGGUCUGCGCCCAGGGGUCCCGGGGCGCCUGUGGGAGCUCAUCGGGGAAGGGCCCGGCCCAGGGCUGCUCCCUGGGAGCCCCUGCCCAGUGCUGACCGGCCCUGCCCUGUGGCCCCAGUCAUCUUCCGGAAAGUUCCCUGCUCCCU